CGCUCUUGACCCUUGACGUGGAACCCCGCUAUCACAGCAGGCACACGCACCGGUUACCACGCUACAGACAACGAUAGCAUGGCUGAGCCCACGACCAAGAAGCAGAAGGUGCUGACGCAGUACGAGAAGCUGGCCGAGGUGACCAAGAUUGUGGCCGACACCGGAGAGAUUGCCCAGAUCAAGAAAUUUGCCCCGACAGACGCUACGACCAACCCGUCCCUCCUGUACAAGGCAUCGUCCGCCCCUGAGCAUCAGGACCUCGUGAACGAUGCCCUCGCCUACGGGAAGGGUCUCAAAGACGUGACCGACGACGAGCGAGUGGCAAAGACCAUGGACAAGCUCAGCGUCAACUUCGGCGUGGAGAUCCUCACGCUGGUCAAGGGCUACGUCUCGACGGAGGUAGACGCCAGGCUGAGCUUCGACACAGAGGCCACUCUGGCGAGGGCGCGCAAUAUCAUUUCGCUCUACGAGGCCGCGGGCGUCGACAAAUCUCGCAUUCUCAUCAAGAUCGCCAGCACGUGGGAGGGCAUCAAGGCGUGCGAGGCGGCGGCCUGCGCCGAGGCAGGUGCCACCCUCAUCUCCCCCUUCGUCGGACGCAUCCUGGACUACUACAAGAAGAAGACCGGGAACUCGUACCCUGACGCGUCGCAGGACCCAGGCUGCAUCAGCGUGUCGGAGAUCUACGGGUACUACAAGAAGCACGGCUACGGCACGAUCGUCAUGGGGGCCAGCUUCCGGAGCAAGGACGAGGUGCUGCAGCUGGCGGGGUGCGACCGGCUCACCAUCGCUCCCAAAUUCCUCGCGGAGCUGCAAGAGAGCAAAGGCGAGGUGGUGCAGCACCUCGAGGCGUCGGCUUCAGCCGCGGCGUGCACGCUUGACAAGGUGUUGAGCAGUCAGCCCCUCCAAUCACUGGCCGGUUGUAACAUCAACACCUGCUACUAG